AUGAGCCAUCAACGCUACCCGUCCAUGGACCCUGUGAAGGAGCCGCACUCUGUCUCUCUCAAGGUGCUGCGCCUGUCUAGACCAUCCCUCGUCACCCAGCACCCCCUGACCGACCCCCUCAGCACCGCGGCCGGCGCGCGGGCCCAGACGGUCGCCGCCUCCCUGGCCUACCAGUCCAGGAACACCACCUCGAACCCGGACCCCUUCCUCCUGACCCCGGUCCUCAACCUCCCGCCCUCGUUCGGCUCCGCCUACGUCGGCGAGACCUUCAGCUGCACGCUAUGCGCCAACCACGAGGUCCCCCCCGACGCCCCCGCCGCGCCGGAGCAGGCGGACGCCGCCCGGCGGCCGAAGAAGUACAUCCGCGACGUGCGCAUCGAGGCCGAGAUGAAGACGCCCGGCUCGAGCACCGUGCAGAAGCUAGCGCUCGGCCCGGGCCCGGGACCUGCCGCAGCCCCUGCUGCUAGUGCAGGCGACGCAGAGGCGGGCGGGAGCAAGGGCACGGAUCUGGAGCCGGCCGCGACGCUGCAGCGCAUCGUCAACUUCGACCUCAAGGAGGAGGGCAACCACGUGCUGGCCGUGACCGUGAGCUACUACGAGGCCACCGAGACGAGCGGCCGCACCCGCACCUUCCGCAAGCUGUACCAGUUCAUCUGCAAGGGCAGCCUGAUCGUGCGGACCAAGGUCGGGGUCUUGCCCGCCGCGGCGGCCGAGGGGUCUGGCGACGAGGACAAGGAGAACCGCGGGGACGCGAGCGAGGCGGAGGCCAAGGCCAAACCCAGUGACACGACGAAACCGCGGCCCGCCUGGAUCCUCGAGGCCCAGCUCGAGAACUGCUCCGAGGACGCCAUGCAGCUGGACCGCGUCGGCCUGGACCUCGAGCCCGGCCUGCGGUACCGCGACGCCAACUGGAUGGUCAGCGGCAGCGCCAAGCCCGUGCUGCACCCGGGCGAGGUCGAGCAGGUGUGCUUCGUGGUGGAGCUGGAGGACGACGACGGGCAAGGCGGCGCCGCCGCGGUCGAGGAGUCCGAGGACGGCAGGGUCAUCUUCGGCGUGCUGGGCAUCGCCUGGCGCACCGAGAUGGGCAACCGGGGCUUCUUGUCGACGGGCAAGCUGGGCGCGAGGAUCACGAGGUGA